ACAAACCCCGCGAGUUAACCGGGAUUAAACCCUAGUGGCCUUUCCCCAUGCCGCUACCUUCCUCCUUCGCCGCCGCCGCCGCCGCCGUCGCAGCCGGGCCGGCGGCGUCGCCGCUCGCUGCACGCAGCCGGUGCGGCCUCCACCGUCCGCGCUCAGGCCCCGUCGCCGUGAAGUGCCAAAGGAUUGAUCCUCUGAAACUGAGGGCAGUAAAUGGAACCAGCCCCUACGUUCCGUUGUCUAACAAAUCACUAUGGACACCUAUGACGAUGCCAGUUAUUGGGGACACAAACAUUAGGAAGGAUGACACGAGGUUGCGUAUCUUCUCAGGAACGGCCAAUCCUUCUCUCGCCCAGGAAAUAGCGAGCUACAUGGGUUUGGAGCUUGGGAAGAUCAACAUAAAAAGAUUUGCUGAUGGCGAAAUAUAUGUUCAGUUACAAGAAAGUGUAAGGGGAUGCGAUGUGUUCCUGGUGCAACCUUCAUGUCCUCCAGCAAACGAGAAUCUCAUGGAGCUACUCAUCAUGAUUGAUGCCUGUAGAAGAGCAUCUGCUAAGAAUAUUACUGCAGUUAUCCCUUAUUUCGGUUAUGCCAGGGCUGACAGGAAGUCUCAAGGUCGUGAAUCUAUAGCUGCAAAACUUGUAGCUAAUAUGAUCACAGAAGCUGGUGCAAACCGUGUCCUUGUCUGUGAUCUUCAUUCAAGUCAGGCUAUGGGAUACUUUGACAUCCCUGUAGAUCAUGUUUAUGGCCAGCCGGUGAUUCUUGAUUACCUCGCCAGCAAGACAAUAUGUUCAAAUGACUUGGUGGUGGUGUCGCCCGAUGUUGGAGGUGUUGCCAGGGCACGCGCUUUUGCCAAAAAGCUAUCAGAUGCACCUCUAGCUAUUGUAGAUAAAAGAAGGCAUGGACACAACGUUGCUGAGGUAAUGAAUCUUAUUGGUGAUGUUAGAGGAAAAGUGGCUGUUAUGAUGGAUGAUAUGAUUGAUACAGCAGGAACUAUUGCCAAAGGAGCUGAGCUGCUUCAUCAAGAAGGAGCAAGAGAAGUCUAUGCAUGUUGUACACAUGCUGUUUUUAGCCCACCUGCCAUUGAAAGAUUGUCAAGCGGAUUGUUUCAAGAAGUAAUCAUCACAAACACGAUCCCUUUGAAGGAGGAGAAGAACUUCCCGCAGCUGACCAUCCUCUCGGUUGCUAACCUUUUGGGCGAGACGAUCUGGCGUGUUCAUGAUGAUUGCUCGGUCGGUCACGCGCCAUACUCCACCUUGGAUAUAGACUGAUGCUUGCAUUACACUUGGUGGUGCUUCCAUCUGUGUGGACCCUUGUUUGAUGCCUAGGUGAGAAUGUACCACGGAUGGGUCGACCUACCAUGGUGUCGAAGACAGCAAGUACACCUAUCUAAGAGAUAACAAUCAGUGUGUACUUUUUCUUAUGCAGGAAUAGUUGUCCAAGAUGGCUUUUUUUUUAAUCUUCUCCACUUUCUUUUCGUGGAAUAAGUUCUCGGUGUGAUCUGAGAUCCUGUUGGAUGAAAAAACCCUGAUCAUGUGCAGGCCUUGUUUGGUUAAUACACUUCUCAAGUGUAUUGAACUGGAUUGAGAGGGAUUGGGGGAGAUUUUUUGCUUAGAUGGGAUUUAAUCCCCCUCAAACCAUGCCAAUCCCCUCUGUAAUAUGUGAAACCGAACAAGGCCUUAGAUGGAAGUUUGAGUCUGUAAUUUACGCUGUAUGUGUAUAUGUAUGCCCGCUUAAACCCUGUCAUGUUCUUUUUAGAUAAUAGCUAGUCGUCUUGGAAUGUAAUGUGUGCUUGUUCACAACAGCAUAAGAGUUGAUGAUCUAUGUUUCCUUUUGCGGAAUAAUUCUGCUAUGAACA